AUGGCUUCCAGCCGCUUACCCGCAGCCACAGACCAGUGGGAGAAGACGUCCAUGCCCGUGUGCUAUCCAGAGAAGAACACUGGCAAGUGGCGGUUGUUCCUCAACUUCACAAAGCGGAAGGGAGACAAGGCGAAAAGACAGCAGAGUUCACGGUUUGCUUCUCGAGAGGCAGCGCUUGCCGGCGUCUUGGACUUCAGGACAGGCGACGCCGUACAGCCAUCGCGGCAAGCUCUACAAGCGCACGAUGAGAGAUCCAGCCCCAUCCUCAGCAGCUGUGGCGGCAGCGACUGCGCUUCCAGCAGGCAAGUCGCGCUCUCACAAGUCCUCGGCAAGCUAAACGCCGUGGAGGAAAGGAAGUUCAAGCGACUGCGGCUGGCCGGUUCGGACGCGACCCGCGCAGGCUUCACGCUAAAGUCGACGCUUUCCAGGCGCGAGAGGUGUUUGGUGGCCCGGGUCUGGAGCAAGAGGGAAGGAAAGCUUCGACGGGACUUCGACAAGCGGGGCUCCUAUCUCGGCAACCGGAUCUACGAGCUGACAUCGCGGAGCGAGAGCAACGAGCAGCACAUUCGGCGUAUUGAGGCAGCUAUGGCGGAGCAAGACCUCGCGAGUCUUCUCGCCCCUCUCCCCCCCUCGCCCAUCGAAGGAAAUGCAGACGUGGACGCACGGGCGUGUACCGAGGGCGAGGACAACCAGUACAAGGAGGAAGUGUCCGCCACCCAAGCAAACCGCUUGUGGUAUCAAGGGCACUCGGCGUUGACGGUGUUGAAGGAGGAGCGGAAGCGCGACCUGCGGCAACUGGAACUCACGCAGCAGGCGAAGGCCUUGUCGGAUGAGCCGUACACGACGAUCCCAGCGGUGAAGGCAGCAGAGGCCAAACGGUUUGAGCUGUUGAACGAGGCCUCACGUCGUCCACACCAGUCGUCGCGCUUGCGGAUCGCGGCGAGAGUAAACUCCGCUGGCUCGCGGGUUUACGCGGCAUCGACAAUCCUGGGGUGGCUCAGGGACUUGCGGGGGCACGGUGGUUUCAAGCGAGAUUCAAGGGGGGUGCACGAGUGGGACUGGAUCAUGUCGGAAGAGGACCUCAAGGAUGAGCUCAUCAAGUGGAUGAGGACACAGAAGCGCCUUACGGUGAACCUUCCCGUGUCCAUGGCCACAACCCACUCCUGGAUGAUCGCGCUGGGGUGCAAGUACGAGCGGGCUACGAAGUCUUUCUACACGGACGGCCACGAGAAGAAGGACGUGGUGGUGUACCGCGGCAAGUACAUCGACGUGAAGCGGAAGCUCGCCCUUCGGCAACCGUUGUGGGUGCGAGUUCAACGAGACACUCUGUUGCCGGAGGAGCUUCAGCGGCUUGAUGGCAUCAAAGGGAAGGUGCGCCACAUCGGACAGGACGAGAGUCUCUAUAAGGCGUAUGCGCGCGAGGGCAAGGAGUGGGUUGUCCAAGGGGUACGCGGGUUACGGAAAAAAACCGAGGGCCCGGGAGAGAUGGUGUCUGCCUUUCAAGAUGAGAGGCACGGCUUUGGCUUGCCGUUGACGGACGACGUGCUGCAGGCGGUGAACGCGCGUCGCAAGGAGAAGGGCAAGGAAGUCCUGACACGAAGCCCUGGCCUGCGGUUUCUCCAGUACGGGAAGAACAAGGAUGGAUACUGGGGAUACGACGAGUUCAAGGAACAGAUCGAGGACGUCUUGGACGUCUUGGACGUCUUUGAACCCGACAUGCAAGUGGUGGUUGAGAUCGACCACUCGUCGGGGCACACAAGGCAGCGGGAGGAUGGAUUGCAUGUGGGGAACAUGAAUGUCAAGUACGGGGGGAAGCAAAAGGUGUUGCGGGAUACAGUCAUGACAGAGGGGUGUUUGGGACCGGAAGAGGCGAAGAUGUACCUCUCCAACGGUAAGUGGAGCACGGAGUUCACCGAGGGGGCAGAGGUCUACGACAUGAAGCUCAAGGUUGGCGACACACAGACCAGCACGUUUGCGGCAGGUUCUCCACCUCCCUUUUACGAGUGGGAUGCGCCGCGCAAAGAUGUGAAGGUCGCGCGCAAGGCUAAGCGCAAGAGCAAAGCGGGAGCGGGGGUUGGCGCAGGCGAUGUGGCGGCUGAUGGGGCUGGAACAAAGCCUAGGGAUAAGAUUAAGGAAGGGUACGAAGGGAAGGCAAAGGGCUCGAAGCAGUACCUGUGGGAAUGGGGAUGGUGGAAAGACGGGAUGUGGGGAUCGCUGACGAGAAAAACAUCGAGAAAGUCUUGCAGGCACUGA